AUGGUAAAACUCAACAUCUACGGCCGAGGCCGAUCACUGCGAAUGGCUAUUAUGUUUACAUGCCAAUUGGCAUUUAUCUUCUUCGGCUACGAUCAAGGUGUCUUCUCCGGAAUUGUAGGAAACGAGGAAUUCCUCAGCAUAGUCCACCAUCCCAGCGCCGGUAUUCUGGGUAUCAUAGUAUCAAUAUACAAUCUGGGCUGUUUCGCCGGAACGAUAGUGUCAUUUGCCAUAAGUGAUCGAAUCGGACCGCGGAAAUCAAUGUGGUUUGCCAUGGCGUGGAUCAUUGUAGGAGCAACAUUACAAACAACCUCAUUCUCAAGAGCCCAGUUACUCGUUGCGCGCUUCAUCACCGGUAUAGGUACAGGCAUCGAAACCACUGUCGUACCAGUGUACCAAUCUGAACUAUGCGAAGCCAAGAAACGAGGAAAAUACGUCUGCAGCGAGCCGCUUUUCGUUGGUGUUGGUAUUGUUAUUGCUUACUGGUUUGAUUAUGGGAUGAGUUAUGUUGAUGGGGCUAUAAAUUGGCGGUUGCCAGUUGCUUGUCAGAUGAUUUUUGCUAUUAUGGUUAUUUUGUUGGUCUUUGGUCUGCCUGAAAGUCCCAGAUGGCUCUACCGACACAACAGACCAGAUGAAGCUCUCCAGGUCCUAUGUGAUAUCUAUGACAUGGGACCGGAGGAUGGCAUGGUCGUUUCUGAAUCUGAGGGUAUUAUCCAGGCUAUUCAGCUGGAGACACUACAUGGCGAAUAUAAAUGGUCACAGAUUCUCAAGCGGGAUGAGGUGCAGACUGGUCGACGGGUGUUGCUGGCUUAUGGAAUUCAAUUUAUGAAUCAGAUGGGUGGGAUCAACUUGGUUGUGUACUAUGUGACAUCCGUCCUUGAAUAUAACGUCGGCCUAACUCGCAAACUAAGUCUCCUCCUAGGAGGAGUAAUCCAAAUCAUGUUUGUGAUUGGCUCCUUCUAUCCAACCUUUUUCUCGGACCGCUUUGGUCGCCGCAAACCAAUGAUGUGGGGUUCCUUCGGGCUCUUCAUCUCAAUGAUGAUGAUAUCGAUUUUGCUCUCAUUCAAGGGAACGUCAAUCGAAAAACCAACAGCAACAGCCUCCGUCGCCUUCUUCUUCCUCUUCAUGCUAAUCUUCGGUGCAUCAGUGAAUUGUAUUCCGUGGGUAUACGGACCUGAGAUUUUGCCUUUGCAUGCUCGCGCUAAGGGCCAAGCAAUCGGAAUCUCAGCAAACUGGCUCUGGAACUUCUUCGUGAUUAUCUACUUCUUCUACCCCGAGACGGCGAAUCUCACGCUCGAGGAGAUUGAUUUCCUGUUUACGGAUCGGGCGAGAUACCCUUCUAUUGCGGAGUCGCGGUCCGCUGGGAAUGGAGAUGUUAGGGUGGAUGGCGUGGAUGGGAAUGAGAAAGAUGAGAGCGGGAGUGCUGGGGGUAGUGUCAGUCAUGAUGAAGUCAGAGUAGGGGCUGGAGGGAAGGAGUGA